CUAUAUCGUAACACGACACUGCUGGCUACUGUUAUGUUUAGUUUUCGCGGUAAGCUAGAGAUGGUUGAAACAGAAUAAAAAGAGCAGUGAAUAUAAAAAAUAUCCCCAUGCCGAAGAUCACUGCAUCAUGUUUGUGGAAAACUUAGAAAGAGGAUUUUACCGUUUAAUAAAACAUGAUAGGUGUUUACUGUUGGUUAACUUUGAUGUUGAUGCCAUUUGUGCCUGUAGAAUUUUACAACAACUUUUUAAAUAUGAUAACAUGAUAUAUACCCUUGUACCUAUUCAAGGUAUUCAGGAUAUGGUUCGUGCCUUUGAAGAAAAUUGUGAGGAGGUAAAGAAUGUUAUUUUUAUAAAUUGUGGGGGUACAUUAGACUUAGUAGAACUGUUACAACCUAUAGAAUCUGUGAUAUUUUAUAUCGUUGAUAGCCAUAGGCCUUAUGAUUUAUGUAAUGUAUAUUCAGAAGAUCAAGUACGUAUACUUGGUAAACCAGAUGAAGAUGAUGAAAUUCCAGAAUAUAGUGAUGUCUUUAGAGAUGAUUCUUCUGAUGAAAAUGAAACAGACGAAGAAUCAGAAAAUAAUGGAUCUCAGACAAAAAGGCGAAGGUUAAAUGAAGAAGAUAUUAUUAGAAGAACCAAACGAAGAGAAUGGACUGAGAAAAGAGCAACUAUUUUGUUCAAUUAUACACAGUACAGUUACUAUAGCAGAUCAAGUGCAAUGCUUAUAUUUGAAAUGGCAUGGAAUAUGACAAAAGAUAAUUUGGAUAUGGUUUGGUGGGCUAUAAUUGGUUCCACGGAACAAGCUAUUCUUGGUAAAGUAGAAUCAAGGUUAAGCGUUCUUGAAGAAGGUUCCCUUCAAGCCCAUGUAUCUAGAUUAACUCAUAAAGGAGCUGAAGUUGAUAAGCAAGAACAGCGACAAAGUACAGUUAAAAUUACUUAUGAUAAAGACCUCUUACUUGUGUUAUAUCGUCAUUGGACUGUAGAAGCUAGUUUAAGACACUCAGUACCAACUGCAGUUUCGUUACGACUUUGGUCUCUUCGAGGAGAACAACGAUUGAAGGGAUUAUUGGCAGACAUGGGUUUGCCUUUAGCGCAAUCAAGGCAACGAUUUUCAGCAAUGGAUCUUGCACUUAGACAAGAAUUUAAACAAAUGGUAGAAAAAUUAGCAGGAAAAUAUAAAGUAGAUACUAUAAUUGGGACAAGUUUUACUCUGCAGUAUGGUUACAAGUUUAAAUAUUGUGCUUCAGAUAUAGUUUAUGCUAUGCUUGCUGUAAUGGAAUCUUCUUCAAAGACAAAAUUACCACAAGGUUGUUUUUUAGAUGCAUUGGACUGUUUAUCUCGUACAAAAAAAGAUAUUUUAGAAAGUGGUAUAGAAAAAGCAAAACUUAUGCUUAAAACUAUUUUUAAGACUGCACAGAGUAUUUUACAAUUGAAGGAAAUAAAAAACAUUGGUUCAUUUCUUUACAUAAUUAUUCCAGAGGGAACUGCUGACAAUCUUAUAUUUGCACAUCCAUAUCCAUUAAUAAUGUUAGCUCAGUUUACUCUAAAGGCUUAUGUAGAAUCUUCAAAAAACAGGCGGGCACCGGAAUUGCCACUUGUAGCUUCUUCAGUGUAUGACACAGAAGAGAAAAUGUGUAUAAUGAUUGGCAUACCACCAGUGUGUGAAGAUCAACCAAGAAGUUUAUUUGGAAGAGCCUUUGAACAAGCGGCGAAAAAUACAAAUUCUUACAUAGAAGCAGAUUACUUUGACUCUACAAUAAUAAGACUGAAAAUCGAAGAAAGACCAAGAUUUUUGGAUGCUUUAGCAUCUCUUCUAGCUUAAAAUUUUAGUAAUUUAUUUAACAUAUAAAAUAGAAAUUUUCUCUUCACACAUAUUUAUUUCCUUUUUUUAAAUAAUACGAAGUAACAAUAACGCGUGCAACUUUUUAAAAAAUACGACAGGAUCGAUUAAGUACAUUUUAUUUUUUAUGACAUAUUGUAACUGACAAAUGUAAGUUAGUAAUAUUUUCAUUUACGUACGAAAUAACUGAUAACAAAAUUUAUUGGAUGAUAAAGCAAAUAUUGUAUAAUGUAAAUGAUAUGUAAUAAUUAUAAUUUUUAUAUAAGAACAAAAUUAACUUAAAAAAUGUAUGAAUAAAUUUAUUCAAUUUUUCACA